AUGGAGAAAGCAGGUGGACAUUCAGCUCAAGGUACAAAUAUAGAUGAAUUGGGGGAAAAAAAAACUUGUGGAGAUGAAAAAGGAGGUUCCUUUUGUGAGUUAAAUAUGGAGGGGAUGGUUGUAGAUAGCUUGAAUGAACAUGUGACAGGAGUUUCUAUUUCCUCGAAAGAGGAUAACGUGAGCCGAGGUGGAGAAACUCCCACGUUAGUAGUCCAACCAGAUGAUGAGACAUUCGAGUUGACUUCACCUCUCCCUGUGGACAAGAGUGACAAGGAAUCUCCGGGGGGAAAUGAAGCAAAUGAACGAGAUGAACGAAACGAACCUGAGCAGCAACACGUGGAGCAGACGGAGCAGGUGGACAAUGAGGAGUACCUCUACGUAAGCGAACAUCUUAGGAUUAAAAAAGACAAACAGAUCUUUGUGAGCAACGCUCUGAAUGAUUACAUCAACGAACACCUGAACUUUUUCAGUUCAUGUGACGAGAAAUUUUUUAAAAACGAAAAUGGAGAGGCAGAAAGGUUCAUGGAAAUUGGAUUAAAUCUGAAAUACUUGAGGUAUAGGGACAGAAUGAAGAGGAGGAAAAGGCGGGUCGUCAGCAGGGGGGGUGAAGCAUCCUCUAAUGCUACUUCAACAGUGGAGGGUACUAUGAGGAAAAAGUCCUCAGACAGCCACGUCGCCUCAUCUGAUAGCAGCAGCCUCUUUUCCAAUUCGUCUUCAGAAGAAGAGGAUCCCCUCAACAAGAGCCCCUGCACCUCGGACGAGGAUAUACUUGAGCAGCUGCAUUUCGACAAAGAGUCCUUACGUACAAUGAAAAAGUUAGAGCGAUCUAAGAACGCCUAUUUUAAAUACCUGAGCGAUUUGUGUGUCAAGUACGACAUAAUGAGUCGCUUCACUUUACCCUACUUGGAACGAGUGAAAGGGGUGAUUAGAAAAUCUCCCGCUCCUUUGAGACAGAGAAGAGAAACAAGUGAUGUACCCAUAGAGGCAAUGCAGCUUUUUCUGGAGGACGAGGAAAAUGCCAAGAGGAUUGAACUAUGCCAGAAGAGGUUAAGAUCUGAUGUGGUUAAUUCGAUGUUUGGUUUUCAUAUCAUCAGUGAUACUCACCCGAUGAAGGUUCCCAUUAAGGGUGUCAAUCGUUUGGGUGCGGGGGAAAUGAGUUCGAGCAUGACCACGUCUACUUGCAACCCCUUUGUAUACAAGUCUUCGCAGAGCACGAAACGUGUGGAGACUUUCAAGCAAGGCGAUAAUGCCUCGCAUGGGGAGGAGGGAACCAAGAGGAGGAGACGACAAGGUGUCAUGAAGGAAAACAAUCAUAGGGGUAGAAGCCAAAUGAGGGGAAGAAGCACGGGGGGAAGAAGCACGGGGGGAAGAAGCACGGGGGGAAGAAGCAUGGGGGAGAAAAACUACCUGAAUGAUUACAUUAAAAAGGUGCAAACGAAUUCAAAAUUACACAAUAGAGUGGGGACCAUCAAGGAGUACAUUUUACUUUCUAACUGGAAUGAGCUGAGGAGACACCACCACACCGUGAAGCUAAUGUCGGACCAACGAAGGAGUAAUGCCAAGCUGCUUGCUAACCAAUGUUAUGAGCAAAUGAAGCUAAUUGAGAAAAAGAGGAAAAUAAUUAUCGAACGGGAAGAAAAAGAACGUUUGAGAUUGCUCAAGGAAAACGACAUGGACGCUUAUAUGGAUUUACUAAAGAAUACAAAAAAUAAGCGACUCCAGGAAUUGCUAGAUGUGACGGAGGAAUUUUUAACGAACAUGUCAUCAUGCGUGAUGUGGCAGAAGAAGGAAAGUGCAUCUGAUGUUGUGUCUCGAGAUGAACCUUCAUCAAUCGGUUCGAAUGAAAUGGAUUCUACAUAUCAUUCGAAGGGUACAAAUAUGGCCAUGAAGUCUAAUUACAAGGAUGCCCGGGAGAAAUACCUUCUUGUGUCUCACUCGGUUAGAGAGAAGGUGGUGCAGCCGUCGAUCUUGAUUGGAGGAACCCUAAUGAAGUAUCAACUGGAAGGGUUAGAGUGGCUCAUCUCUCUCUACAACAAUAAUUUACAUGGGAUCCUUGCAGACGAGAUGGGUCUAGGGAAAACUAUUCAAACGAUUAGUCUGUUUGCCUACCUAAAGGAGUUUAAGUGGGGAGGCAUGUGUGAUGGGAAAAGUGAAUCUGGUGGUGGUGCAAGAGGAAGACAUCCGAAGAAUCUGAUAAUAGUACCUUUGUCCACAUUACCAAACUGGAUGAGCGAAUUCGAAGCAUGGUGUCCUUCGCUUAAAGUCAUCACAUACAAAGGAACCAAGUGGGAAAGGAAGGGAUUAGCAAAACUGAUGCUCGAAUCUGAAUACGACAUUUGUCUGACCACCUUCGAUUUUGCUAUAAAGGAAAAAGCAUUGCUCAUAAAAUUUUUUUGGACCUACAUAGUAGUAGAUGAAGGGCACAGAAUGAAAAACAGUAAAUCGAGAUUUCAUAUGAUUUUAAAGGAUUUUAAAAGUAAGCAUAGGGUACUGUUGACUGGAACACCUUUACAAAAUAAUCUCUGUGAGUUGUGGUCUCUUUUGAAUUUCCUAUUACCAAAAAUUUUUUCCUCUUGUGAAGAUUUCGAGAGAUGGUUUAUACGCCCAUUACAUAAUGAUAAGGAUGUACAAGACGUGGUCAUAACAGAAGAGGAACAGCUGCUAAUUAUAAAUAGGUUACAUAGCGUCCUCCUCCCUUUCAUGUUGAGGAGAGUAAAGAAGGAUGUGUUAAAGUCACUACCGAAAAAGUACGAGUACAACGUAUAUAUAGAUUUGUCUUUAUACCAGAAAAUGCUUUACCGCCAAAUUGAGAUGAAAGGGUUCAUGCAAAUUAAUAAGAAUGGCUCCAUUAGUAACAAGUCAUGUCACAAUAUGGUGAUGCAACUGAGGAAGGUCGUGAACCAUCCGUAUCUUUUCCUUGAAGAGUACAACCUUGACGAUUGCUUAAUAAAGUGCAGUGGGAAAUUUGAAGUGCUAGACAGGAUGCUUCCAAAGCUGCUCAAGUUUCGUCACAAAAUUUUAAUUUUCUCCCAAAUGACAAAACUGAUGGAUAUCCUCUGCGACUACCUGGACUACCGCGGACACCGCUUCCACCGCCUCGACGGAAACAUCGGCCUGCACGAGAGGAGGAGGAUCAUCGAGCAGUUCAACCGCGUUGGCGUGGAUGAAGCGGAUAAAGCGGCUGGUGUGGAUGAAGCAAACGACGCAAAUGGCGUGAGUGGAGCGGGUGCCUGUGAGGGUGACCCCCUGGAUGAGCCAAACGGGGGGCACGACGAAACCAUGAUUUUUAUGCUGUCCACUCGCUCGGGCAGUCUAGGCCUAAACCUACAAACAGCGGACACGGUGAUCAUCUUCGAUAGCGACUUCAACCCCCACCAAGACAUACAAGCCAUGUGCAGGUGUCAUCGAAUUGGGCAAAAGAAUGUCGUAAAGGUAUUCCGGUUCAUUACUCUGUCUGGAGUAGAAGAACUCAUUUUCCAAAGGGCACAGGAUAAAUUAACCAUGAACGACAAGGUAAUACAGGCAGGUCUAUUUAAUAAAAUAUACAGUGAUGAGGACAGAAAGAAUAAGCUCAAAAAUAUUUUACAAAGGAGCCAGAAGGGACAAGUCAUGGUGCACUCCACCAACCCACUGCUACUCAACUACUACAUGCAGAGGUCAGAUGUGGAGUUGGAAUAUUUUCUCAGAUUCGAUGAGAGGUACUUCGGCUCCGAAUUAUACACACAUCUGAAGACUCUCAAUGAGGACAAGCCAGACGCGGUGCAGUUGACGUAUAUGAGUGAGGACGACGAAAUGGGAGGCGGCGAAAUGGGAGGCGGCGAAAUGGGAGGCGGCGAAAUGGGAGGUGGCGAAAUGGGAAGCGGCAAAAUGGGAAGCGACGAAAUGGAAAAGGAAAAACUGCCUCCAGAUGAACCGCCCAUAGAAGAAGCCCUCUCCUGGGAGGAACAACGCAGUUCCAUUUUGAAGGAGGAAAACCAAAACGAAAUCGAGGCAGUUUUAAUAAAAAGCAAAAAGCUUGUUAACAAGGACGAACUUCCGUCGUAUCUCUUUUACGAGGACAUAGACGACGGAGUCGAGGUGGAGUUCAAGAGGACGCGCAGGCAAAUUAACGUGCACCUCAUGGACGAGGAGAAUCUCUCCAAUGUGGAAUUUCUGCAGUUGAUUGAUUCAGGGGGGGAAGCGGAAGAAGAAGCGGUGCGCAGCGACACGGUGAAAGAGGAGACGGAGAUAAGUGAGAAGGAGAAGGGUGAAGGCGCAGGGAAUGACACCACCAACGGCCAGCCGCAACAUGGCGACCCCGUAAAUGAUGACCUGACGAACGGCGAGCCGCAAAAUGGCGACCCGGCAAAUGAUGACGACUCGCCAGGCACACGAACUCCCCUGGGCGCGCACACCAUCGAGCGACCGAACAAGAAAAGCAGCCCCUACAACUUCAGACGCUCGGGCACAACGGAGCGCACGUACUGCACCAGAAAUGGGCGGAUUAGCGAGGGCAGCAGCGUCACUCCACAGAGGGGCAAAAGGAAAUCGAGCAGCCCUGGGGAGGUACGACUAAAUCAGGACAAAAAGAAAAGGAAAAGUAGGGGGUAG